AUGAUUGGCCGGAAAAUCCCAAGCGCCGGGAAGAGCAAAUCGUUCGAGUAUGAUGGGGAGUUCAAGAUGAGCACCAGGAUAGAAAGGCAAAAGAGAGCAAGGAAUUACGCAACGGCUGGAUGUAGGAAGAUCAGGGUCGGUACACAACUGUAUCCAGUCAAGUUCAUAGAUUUCCCGGCACCAGAACCAGAGUUCUUCACUACCCUUGACGAGGAUGGUGUUGAACAUACAUACUGCGCUUACAGUUGUACAUAUCCACGUCCAGAGCCCAAAGUUGUUAAACAACCCGACCCGGGAUAUGAUGAUGUAUUUAAAUUUUUUGGUGAUCUUGCGGACUAUUAUUAUGAUGAAGUUGUGUUUACUUUUGGUAAUGAACCUGGUUCGAUCCCCAUUGAUGCGGAACUAUCAUUUAUACCACCAGCAGUCAGCAAUGUCACCAAGGGCGGGAAAGCAAAGUGUUCACCUGCUAGAGGUUAAAGUAAAUUAGGGAGACUGCAGUAUAUUU